GUUCUUUCGACUUCUCUUUCAACUUCCAGUUUCUCAGAUCAAUUAGUUUUCUUUCUUUGUAGAAAAGGUGUGAUCUUCAAUUUAGCCAUAAGAUUACUAAAAUUCGAAACCAUAGUCACCCAUUGGAUUCAAGAUUUUCUAUUUUGUUUUCUUCUUUUUUUCCCCGAAGUUUUGGUUUAAAUUCUAGGGUUUUCGAUAGUCACCCAUGGGUGAACGCAAAGUGGAGGAUAUGUCGUUGUCAGCUCUCUUCGAACAAGCUCGUAAGAUCCAUCUUACGGUCACGGAGUCCGGUGCUGAUCAGGAUCUGGUAAAGAAAGGAUGCGAGGUGCUGGAGAAGUGCGAGGACAUGAUAAGCAAGCUAGGGCUUUUCUCAUCCAAUGAGACCAAAGAUGAUAUCAGCACCAACAAUCUCAAGUACCUUCUGGUACCGUUUUAUCUGGCAGAGCUGACGGAAAAGCUUGCGCAGGAGGAAAGGAUUCAGAUUCUCAAGAUUUCGCAAGCUAAAUUGAAGGAAUUCAUUUCAUUUUGUGAAGCAAUGGAACUUGUACCACAGGAAGAGUUGGAAGCUUCUGUGCAAGGAGCUUCAAAUUCUUUUGCUGACCGAAGAGCUUUGAAGAUUGCUCGUUUUAGACGCCAAAGGGCUGCAGAGGCAAAACUUACAGAAAUAAAGGAGCGGAAGGAGCGGCGUGGACGUUCAACAAAAGCAGCUACCUUAUCCACUCCUGUGGAGGUUGGAGAGGAUGAUCUGCUUGAUGAUGAUGGGGAGGAGGAACGAGAGGCUUGGCUUACUACUAUCUCAUUGGCUAUUUGUAAGGCUUUUGAUCUGCUUGAAAUGCUGAAGAAGGAAGAGGAAAUGCUUUCUGCAAUAAAGGAGAAACAGCUCAAGGAUGGGGAAAAGGAAUUUUCUCAGGCUAUCCUUGAUGAUCGCACCAAGAAAGCAGAGGCAUGGCAUCGUGAUGCUGCAGCUCGUGCACGGUAUACUCAACCUGCGGCACCUAUUACUUGUGCUACAUUUGCUCAAGAUGUUAUUGAAGGAAGGGCAAAUGUAUCGCAAGCACAUGACCACAAACACCAGCCAAUGAUCUUUGGACCACAAAGCCUUAUAGGUGGGAGCCUAACAAGUGAAAGGGAAAGGAUGGCAGCACAAGUUUUCCAACCUGCUUAUCGGAUGCCAACUAUAAGCAUCGAGGAAGCUGGUCUGAGGGAGAUGGAAAUGAUGAAUAAGUGGCAGGAGAGGAAUGCAAAAAUGUUUGAAGAAGCUAACUCAGCAUGGUACAAGGACAAACCAAAGAUGGGACCAAGUGAAGAUGAUGAAGACGAUGAUGCCGCCCAAGAGAAGGCACGAGCAUGGGAUGACUGGAAAGAUGACAAUCCUCGAGGUGCAGGCAAUAAAAAGCUUACUCCCUGCGGGUGAAAGUGACAAGUAGUUCCCAUAAUUCUCUUGCAACGUAUUCUUUCAGGCCUACUAAAUGUGGUUUUAGGAAUGUUUCUUAAAUAUUUUAUUUUGCUUAUAGGUUUUGUUCUUAAAAGAAUUUUGUUUGUUUGCUUUGGACUAUACAUAAAAUGCAUACAUCAACUUGAUUGUAUGUAGGUAAUCACCUAGUUGUCAACUUAGUAUAUUGUAUUCGGCUUUAAGAAAAUGUUUAGUGCCAAACUUUGGGACUGAUAAUUAUAUGAAAAAACAAGCUUGAGUCAUGCUUGAAACAUAA